AAUGAUAAAUGAUAAAAACGUGGGCGUGGGCAUGGCCGAAGCCGAAGCUAAUUUUGGUUUGGGGAAGAGAAGGCAUUCGAUUUCGAAGGAGAUUAACGAUGGAAACCCAGGCUCAGAAGAAGAUUUAUUUACAUUAUAACCACACCGAUCCUUGCAGAUUCGCCAGGUGGAAUGCCAGGGAAAGCUAUGAAUUCAUGGAAGCAAGGCCUUGGCAAGAAGUGAAUGAAUUUUAUUCAAAUGCAGUGAAUGGGCACUCAUCACUGUCCGCUUUGUUUGGGAUUCAGAAUUUUCUCCAGACACAUCAUGUUCACAAUAAUGCUGAAAUUCCAGAGGUUUCUGAUAAAACUGAAUUGGAGAGUGUUUCUGCUGAAGAUAGGACCGGGAGAUGGGCAAGAUCAACAUUCAAAAUUGUUCUUUCAUAUCAUGGGGGUUCCUUUGAUGGGUGGCAAAAGCAGCCUGGCUUAAACACAGUCCAGGGCCUAAUUGAAAUAUCUCUUGGGAAAUUUGUUGAUGAGAAUAAAGUUAAACUGCUGAAAGACAAAGGUUUACCACUGGAAGGCUGUGUUGUUGUUGCUGGGCGCACAGACAAAGGGGUCACAGCUCUUCAACAAAAUUGUGCUUUUUCUACUUGGAAAAGGGAUAUAAAACCUCGGGAUAUAGGGGAGGUCAUCAACAGUGCAGUGCCAGGAAAACUUAGGGUCAUAUCUGUUUCUGAGGUAUCACGCGUAUUCCAUCCUAAUUUCUCUGCCAAAUGGAGGCGCUAUCUUUAUAUUUUUCCAUUGAAUGAUUGGGAGGAUGGGGAGCAAAGUAGUGAGAGUGGGGAGGAUCUUGAACAUUUUAGAUGUAGUGAAAAUGAGGAUGACCAGAAAAUUGGACGUGUUGAAUGCAAUGGGGAGACUGUUGAAAACCAAAUUAUCAAUGAUGGGGAAGAGCUUGAAAGUGGAAAGAAACCACGUAACUUCCGUAUAAGCAGGGUUAACCAACUUUUACAGCAGCUAGAAGGAAAAUUAUUAUCUUACAAGAUGUUUGCUCGUGAUACCAAAGCCUCGAGAAGUGUUGGUCCUCCUACGGAGUGUUUUGUCUACCAUGCUCGAGCCACAGAAGCCCGACUGCCAUCCUCUGAUCAUGGGGAAGGAAGAAAGGUUAUGUGUGUUGAGCUGGUUGCUAAUCGCUUCUUACGCAAGAUGGUCAGAGUGCUUUUGGCAACCUCCGUAAGGGAAGCAGCAGCAGGUGCAGAAGAAGAUGCAUUGCUAAAGCUAAUAAAUGCCACUUGUAGACGGGCUACUGCUCCCCCAGCACCUGCUGACGGCCUAUGUCUUGUUGAUGUAGGAUAUGAAGAAUUUGAUUCGCAAUUCUGCCUCAUUCCAAAAGACUAAGUUUAUUCUCAUAACCACACAGAUCAAGCCUCCAAUCUAGAUUGUUAGUAUCAUGCACACAGAUGUGUUGGGGAGGGGCCUUCAUGACUAUAGAUGGUUAAAUGGUCAUAAAUAUUCCAUCAAUCGUGUUGUUUUGUUUUUUUUUUGUCAGACCUACAUUUAUACAUUUAUAGAGUUUUGUUCUCACUUUUAGCUUA